AUGGCAUCUUUACUCCGCCAAAUCGUCGCUGGACCGCGGAUACAACAUCCCGAAGCAGGGUUGGAUUUAUGCUAUGUGACUGAUUUUCUGAUUGCGACAUCUGGUCCCUCAUCGAAGUAUCCUAAACGCGCGUACCGAAAUCCCACCGACGCUUUGGUGCGCUUUCUCGACGCAAAACAUGGCGAAGACUGGGCAAUAUGGGAAUUUCGAGCAGAAGGAACUGGGUAUCCGGACUCGGAGGUAUACGGACGUAUUCAUCACUUCCCAUGGCCGGAUCACCAUCCGCCUCCCUUCGCGCUCAUACCUGCUAUUAUGGCGAGUAUGCGAAACUGGUUGUUGGAGGAUGCGGCAGCCGAAGAAGAACAGCAAUCACAAGCAAAGUCUGACAACACAAACAGCAGCAAGAGAGUGGCAGUCGUUCACUGCAAGGCAGGGAAAGGCCGCAGUGGGACGAUUGCAUGUAGUUAUCUGAUCAGCCAAGAAGGCUGGAAAUUGGAAGACGCUCUGCGGCGGUUUACGGAACGCAGAAUGAGAGUGGGCUUUGGCGAAGGGGUUAGUAUAUCUAGCCAACGGCGCUGGAUCGGCUAUGUCAACAGGUGGGCAAACGAAAUGGGCAAGAUAUAUGUUGAGAGGCCUGUCGAGAUUCUAGAAGUUCAUGUUUGGGGUUUGCGGGAUGGCGUCAAGAUAGCCAUAGAAGGUUACGUUGACGAAGGGAAGAAGAUUAAAUCUUUUCAUCUUUUCAAAAGGAGAGAGCGUAUCGUCGUUGAUGACGGCAACAACGAUUUCUCUGUCGGGGGAAAUACCGAUAUUAAGGAAGAAUGGGAGACAAACCACGACAGUGAGGAAACCCACUCGCCCUCACCACCAUUACCGCCGUCAGCAAGUUCAAGCUCUGUUCCUCGACGAACACCCACUUCUACCAGUUUCAUGUCUUCAUCGACAUCUAAUAACAUUGGGGGAAACAACGGCAGGAUAUCUGCCGCCAUUCUGCGCCCUGCUAAACCGGUGAUCUUGCCCACAUCUGACGUCAACAUAGACUUUGAGCGACGCAUCAAGGCUUCAUACACGGGCUGGGCCAUGGUCACAUCAAUCGCGCAUGUAUGGUUCAACGCUUACUUUGAGGGCGGAGAUAAACAUGACUCUGGGAUAUUCGAGUGUGAAUGGGAUGGACUCGAUGGCAUCAAAGGCAGCGGAAACAAAGGAACCAAGGCAUUGGAGCGAGUGAAGGUAGUUUGGCGUUACCCUUCAAAGGAGCAACUCGACGAAGCCCAAACGCAAAUACCCCAGAAAAUUUCGGCGGCAAUGACACCGACAGCACUUGAACGAAAAGUCUUGGCUUUACCAAAGCCGGGAGAACCAGUCCAUGAGUCAAAUGCUGCAGACUGGCAUGGAGAAAACGUUGUCCAAGAAGAUGACAGCGAGACGGACUUUGCCGGGCAUAAGAACGUCGCCAACCCAACUGGUUCACCCGUACGUCCAGAAGGAAGGCCACAAAAGAUGGGCAUUGAUAACAGCAAUGCCGCUCAUUCAACCGGUGAAAAAGAGGAGGUAUUGAAAGGCACAACUCAUCAUUUCGCUGCUGGAGCAUCAGCCACAACAGCAGCAGCGGUCAGCUCUGCUGCCAAAAAAGUCCGCAGGCAAUUGGGACUGCGCAAGCAGACGGAUGCCAGCAGGGAUGUCAGUUUGGCGAGCAGUGUCGAGGACCUGACAUUGAAACAGCAACAGCAACAGCAACAAAAAGAAGAGCAAAGAGAAGAGCAGGAAGAACUACCUGAAGAGGGCGAUGGGAGCCAUGAUAGUGAUAUCGAUGGUGUCAAAUCGUACUAUAAAAACGGGAACAAUAUUGGCACGAGCGGUGAUGGAGAUACCAAUAGAUAA